CCAUACACACGUGCACGUCCAUAGGCUUUGCAUAACACUGCGAAUUGGCAAACAUGGAAUCGGACUCGCACACGGAAUGCUUGCAGCUGUCGAAUGGAGUGCGAAUGCCGGUUCUUGGAAUAGGAACUUCACAUGUCGGUGGUUACAGCGACGAGGCCAUGGUGCAUGCCCUCAAACACUGCGGGGUGCGGCACAUCGACACGGCAAGGCGGUAUAGAUCUGAACACCUCGUGGGCGAGUCCGUCAGAAAAAGCGGCGUGAAUAGGGCAGAUCUCUUCAUCACCAGCAAAGUGUGGCCCAGUCAGUACGGCUACCAAGAAACUAAGGAUGCUUUCCAUGACUCACUCAGACAAGUGGGCGUGGAAUACUUUGAUCUUUACUUACUUCACUGGGCCGCGUCCCCAGAAGGAACCGACACCAAGCAACUCAUCAGUGAGUCAUGGAAAGCUCUCGAAGAGUUUUACUCCCAAGGCCUGUGUAAAGCAAUUGGCGUCAGCAACUUCGAGAUUUCCGACUUGAAAAAUUUGGAGGAAAGCCGGAAAAUUGUUCCCCAGGUCAAUCAGUUGGAGAUUCAUAUCUUCAGUUAUCCGGAAAAGCUCAUUGAGUACUGCAGAGGCCUUGGAAUGCAAGUCGUGGCAUACAGCCCCAUGGCUAAAGGGGAGGGCCUUACGCACCCGAAGGUGAUGGAACUUGCCAAAAAGUACAAGAGACCGAGCAGCCAAAUUCUCAAUCGUUGGGUGACACAGCACGGAAUUGCAACUAUACCGAAGUCUACCAAACCUCAUCGCGUGGAAGAAAAUUGCAAGAUUUUCGACUUCGCGCUAUCAGCGGAGGACAUGGGCUAUUUGGACGCCAUUCACGAGAGCGAUUCUCAUAGCGUCAUCCAUAUCACUAGCCAGGCUGUGUUUAAUCAUACAUGAACCUAAUUGAGUGCAUAUAGUCCACAACAGUAUUAUCAGUUUGCCUGUCAUCAGUUCAUUGGCAAGGAUGUUUGUUUGCUUGUUAUAGUUUUCAAGUCUUGUUCGAUUUUGUGCAAUCAUUCCACACAAAAAACACGCAGUCUGUCAUGAUGUAUAAUUAUGUAGGCUAUAAUUGCCCUGGAUAUCAGUCAAUGUAUUUUAUCUGUUAACUUUAGGGCCUACGUCAAAUAAUUUGAACUAAGAAAAAGAGACAAGAGGUAACUUUUACAGUGGAAAUAAAAGAACAUCAGCCUUGUUAAAUCUA